AUGCAAAAGGCAAAAGAUUUUAUUGUAGACAAUAAAAAUAUUGUAGCUAUCGGAGCAAUUACUAUUGGUGGUCUUGUAUUUACUCCAAUAGCAAUUGUGGGCAUUGUACAAGCGAUUGGAUUCGGCGCAGGUGGCAUCGCAGCCGGAUCAUUUGCAGCAUGGCUGAUGUCGUUGCAAGGUGGUGCAACUGCUGCAGGUAGCCUUGUAGCUAUUCUACAAUCAGUUGGUGCGGCAGGACUAACUGCAGGAGCAACUAUCGGAUCGGGAGCAGCAGGUGCCUCAGUUAUGGGUAUUUUGGGAAAAUUGUUUAUGGACAAAUUGGAUGCUAAUCCAGAGGGACAAGCUCAAUUAGAAGAAUACGUCAAGAUCUAUGACGGAGAUAAUAACGAAAGUAGUGAAGAAGGUUCAUCUGGAUUGGUUUUUGAAAUACGUGAUAAACUCCUUACUGAAGAUAAGGCAUUUGACAAUUUUCUUGAAAUAUUCACUUCAACAAAGCUAGCCAAUAAGACAAAACAGUUCAAAUUUCUUGUGGAUAAAGCAGAAGAUUAUAACGUAAUUAUCCAAGCUGGAGAUCCAACAAAUCAUAAAGAAUUUAAAGCUCAUUCUGUAUUGCUUCGUGCUCGUUGUGGAUAUUUUAGAUCAGCCUUAUCGAAUGAUUGGCCAAGAAAAUCUGGUGAUAUUAUAGUAUUCAGAAAACCAAAUAUUCCUUCUGGAAUCUUUGAAAUAAUAUUAAAUGAUGAAUUACAACUUCCAAUUUUAAUCUCACAUGCUCAAGAUUAUUUAAUCAAAACUCAAACUGAAUGGAUAAAUCAAACUUUAGUACCAAUUCUUCAUAUAGUAUGUCAUCAUGGUACUUUUGGAAAACUUCGUGAUUAUACUUUAAAAACUGUUUGUGCAAAAUUACUUCCUUCUUCAGUUGAAGAACAAAUUCUUCAAUUUUAUUUAGAUCCUGAUAGUAGAGUACAUAAUGUAUUUUUACCUAGAAACAUUUCUUCUGAACCAAUUGAUUCUGUUCUUAUUGAUGAUUCUAGUCAAAUUGUUGGUGGAUAUAAUCCGAUUAAAUGGAAUUUUUCAAAUUUUUCGGAAAAUUCUCACGGUGCAUCUGUCGGUACUCAUAGGUCUUUCAAGAAGUUUGGCUCGACUUUGGAUUCAUUUAUAUUUUCAUUUAACGAUACACAUAAUCCGACAACGGCAACUUUAUCAAGAAUAAACGAAUCAUUGGAUGAUGAAGCUAUUUAUUUUUCGCAUAGUUAUGGCCCAUGCUUUGGUCAAAACGAUUUGCAUAUGGUAGAUCAAAGUUGGAAUUGUCGAAAGACAAGUUAUAGUAAUGAAAUCUUGACAGGCAAAUCGAAUUUUAUUGCUGAAGAUUAUGAGGUAUUUCAGAUUGUAGAAAACGAUGGAUUGAAAGAGAAAAAAACAGAGGUUCUAGAAGAACGUCAGAUGUUUAUUCAUAGUUUUGAUGGGUAUAUUAGAUGA